AUGUCUUUAAAUGGAGUCUUUGGUUUGAACGAUGACGGAGUGGCUUUGUUGUCACUCUUGAGGCAUUGGACCUCUGUGCCAUCUUCCAUAUGGUCUAGUUGGAAUAGUUCAGAUUCCACUCCAUAUGAUGGGGUUGGCAUAGAAUGUGAAGGAAAAUAUAAUGUGGUUUAUUUUAACCUCUCAGGCUAUGGAAUUUCUGGUCAACUUGCACCUGAAAUCGGUCACUUGAGACAGUUGCAGACCAUUGAUUUGAGUAACAAUAAUUUAUGUGGUAACAUACGACAAGAGCUAGGCGAUUGUAGUGCACUUGAGUUGAGUACUUGGACUGGUCUUGUAAUGUUUUGA